AACUAGCAGCUAGCUAGUUACGCAGAGGCAGUUUGUCGUCGGCAGAAAGAAAAACAGAAUAAAUCAGAUAAUCAGCUGAUUGUAGAGCAGCAGCCUCACAACCUGGAGCAGCAGGAGGCUCCGCGGAAACCCGCAGCAGCUUCACGGAGGAGAAACUCUCAUGAUUCAGCUUCUUUUACUUUAUUCUCCGCAGCAGCUAGCUCCAUGCUAACGGAGGGCUAGCCUGUUAGCCUGCUAGCGGCUCCAGCAGGAAGACUCUGGAUGGCGUCUGACUGGCAGCAGCGGGACUGAGCAGCCAAUCAGCCGAGGCCUGACGGGACUGAGCAGCCAAUCGGCCGAGGCCUGACGGGAGUGAGCAGCCAACCAGGCCGCAGCAUGGCGUCCCGUCACAGGAACUCGGUGAGGAUCCUGUCCAAUCGGGAGCGAGGAGCGCAGAGCUUGGGCUCUCAGAGACUCCUGCAGCUGCUGGUGGAAGAGAAGGUCCGCUGGAUGAAGUGGCAGAGCCAGAAAGUGGAGCUGCCGGACAGCCCUCGAUCUACAUUCCUGCUGGCGUUCAGUCCCGACAGGACCCUGAUGGCCUCCACACAUGUGAACCAUAAUAUUUACAUCACCGAGGUGAAGACUGGAAAGUGCCUACAUUCCCUAGUGGGCCACCGUAGAACCCCCUGGUGUGUGACCUUUCACCCCACGAUUCCCGGCCUGGUGGCCUCCGGGUGCCUUGAUGGAGAAGUUCGGAUCUGGGAUCUGCACGGGGGCAGUGAGAGCUGGUUUACAGACAGUAACGUGGCCAUCGCCUCGCUGGCCUUCCAUCCGACCGCUCAGCUGCUCCUCAUCGCCACCAACAACGAGCUGCACUUCUGGGACUGGAGCCGACCGGAGCCGUUCGCCGUGGUGAAGACAGGCAGCGAUACCGAGAGAGUGAGGUUGGUGAGGUUCGACCCGCUCGGUCACAACCUGCUGACAGCGAUUGUGAAUCCGUCCAAUCAGCAAAACGAGGAGGACUCGGAGGUUCCCAUGGACAGUGUGGAGAUGCCUCACUUUCGGCAGCGCUCCUUUCUUCCCUCCCAGCCGGUCCGCCGCACUCCGAUCCUCCACAACUUCCUGCACAUCCUGUCAUCGCGCUCCCCGGGGGGGCAGGGGGGGGGCCUGGGGGGGCAGGUAGGGGGCGAGCAGCGCCCUCUGGGAGACACCGGCAGCAGUGUUGGAGAAGCUCCCAGCAUGCCUCUGGCCCAGUAUCCCCCACCUGAACGGGGGCCCCCCUUCCCCGGCUGCACCCAGCACCUGGGCCUGGUGUGUCUGUGUAGUCGCUGCUCCGUCGGCCGUACCCCCUCCCUGGCUGGCGACGCCUCCUCUGUGACCCCCCCUGAUCCCAGAGUGUCAGCUGACCCCCCCCAGCCCCCUCCGGCUUCCACGUUCUCGUCUGCCCGCACCGAGCCCCGGCAGCCGUCUGAGCGCCCCUCCGCCUUCACCUCCGUCUACUACAGUGCCGGCACGUCUCUGAACCCCCCCGCCCCGAGCAUCGAGCCGCUGUCCACCUCCAGGCCGGGACCCGACUGGACCCGCAACCUGCUGAGCAUGAGGGAGAGCGGGGGGGUCGGUGCGGGCAUGCUGCCUCCCAGAACCUCCUCCUCCUCCUCCAUCAGCCUCCUGUCGGUGCUCCGGCAGCAGGACGGUUCGUCCCCCGUAUACACCUCAGCCACCGAGGGGCGGGGCUUCCCCCAGCAAGGAGAGCUAGGGGGGCGAGACGCUGCCGGCACCAGCAGCGGUCACCACCCGUUCUGGGACGGUUCCCGUAGCAACACGGCCUCCUUCCGUAACGUGCUGCAGUGCAACCUGAGCCGCUACUUCAUGGAGUUCGACCGCAUGCAAGACCUGGAGCCUCCACUGGGGGGCGGCGGCUUGGUGGACGGAGGACAGGAGCAGAACCAAGAACUGCUGAAUAAUAACAUGGACCCAGACAGACCCGGGCCUUCCUCAUCUUCCUCCUCCUCCGCCUCCCCGACCAUCAUCCACUACCAGCCUCCUCUUCCUCCCCCUCCCGCCUCCCACAGCCAGGAGAACAACACCCCCCCCUCUGGCUCCCGAGGCCACCUGAACCGCUGCCGGGCCUGCCACAACCUGCUGACCUUCAACCACGACUCUCAGCGCUGGGAGCGCACCAACCAGUCCUCCUCCACCUCUGCCUCCCCUCUGGAGCCCUCCUCCUCCUCCUCCUCCUUCCCCUCUUCUUCUUCUUCCCCGUGGCAGCCUGAGGAGGGCCGGAGGACUCUAGAAGCUCAGACUCAGGAGAGGAGGGCGCCUCCGGAGCCCAGCGAGCAGCCACCUCCGCCCGCAGGUGUAGGAGCAGGAUCAGUGGCCUUCCCCAUCGCCCCGUCCAGCAGCCAGCCCGGCGAGCAGACGGUGGGUUUGGUGUACAACCAGGACACGGCACAGUGGGAGCGGGUGUACCGGCAGGCCGCCGCAGGCCGAGCAGCUGAGCCACCGGAGGCCUUAAGCCAAGAAAUGCCUGUGGACCCCCCCGAUGAAGACUCACUGAGGAGGAGACUGCUCGAGUCAUCGCUGCUGUCUUUGUCUCGCUACGACAUGUCGGGAUCCAGAGACCACCCCAUCUACCCCGACCCAGCCAGGUUGUCUCCGGCUGCGUACUACGCCCAGAGGAUGAUCCAGUACCUGUCUCGGAGGGACAGCAUCCGGCAGCGCUCGCUCCGGUACCAGCAGAACCGUCUGCGGGCCAUGUCCUCGUCCUCCGACGGUCCCCCCGGCAACCCGUCCGGCUCCAUGGACAGCAGCGACGUGGACUUCGAGGAGCUGGAUGAUAACGGGGACAGAGCCAGACACAGAACGCCACGCAACGCCAGGAUGUCUGCGCCCUCGCUGGGUCGCUUCGUCCCGCGGCGGUUCCUCCUUCCUGAGUAUUUGCCGUACGCUGGAAUCUUCCACGAGAGAGGACAACCCGGCCUCGCUACACACUCAUCUGUCAACAGAGUCCUCGCUGGAGCGUCUAUCGGGGACGGACAGUCAGCGGUCGCCAGUAACAUCGCCAACACCACGUACCGCCUGCAGUGGUGGGACUUCACCAAGUUUGACCUGCCUGAGAUCAGCAACGCCUCCGUUAACGUUCUGGUGCCAAACUGUAAGAUCUACAACGAUGCGAGCUGCGACAUCUCGGCGGACGGUCAGCUGCUGGCCGUGUUCAUCCCCAGCAGCCAGCGCGGCUUCCCUGACGAAGGCAUCCUGGCCAUCUACUCGCUGGCUCCUCACAACCUGGGAGAGAUGCUCUACACCAAGAGAUUCGGUCCCAAUGCGAUCUCCGUCAGCCUGUCUCCGAUGGGCUGCUACGUCAUGGUGGGGUUGGCCUCUCGCAGGAUUCUGCUGCAUCCCACCACCGACCACAUGGUGGCGCAAGUCUUCCGCCUGCAGCAGCCCCACGGAGGAGAGACGUCCAUCAGGAUGGUGUUUAACGUGGUUUAUCCGAUGGCUCCAGACCAGCGGCGCCACGUCAGCAUCAACUCUGCCCGCUGGCUGCCGGAUCCGGGGAUGGGUCUGGCGUACGGAACCAACAAAGGAGACCUGGUGAUCUGUCGGCCUGUGUUUUACCGCAGUGAUGGGGAGAGUCCUGCAGAGUCCAGCAGCAGUGAACCUUUAUUUUCGGUGAACAACAGCGGGACGAGCCGGACUCGAGGUUCUGACAGAACCGGGCCCAAUCGCUCCGGCUGGAGGCUGGACAGAGACAUGGGAUUGAUGAACGCCAUUGGCCUUCAGCCCCGACACCCCGCCCCCUCGGUGACAUCACAAGGGACUCAAACGCCAAUCAUCCAGCUGCAGAACGCUGAGACCCAAACAGAGAGGGAACUAUCAGAACCCAGCACCUCGCAGCCAGCACCCAGUGUUCCUCCUGAGACUCCGUCCACCAGCCGAGCCGCUCAGGUGCAGCUGGAGUCUCUCAGAGUUCACGACGGCAGCCAGACGGAACCAGCAGAACCCGACACGUCCAGCGCUGCAAGCGGAGAGUCUGCAGAGGUCGGUUCUGGUUCUGGUGAAGACGCUCUGGCCCGGAUCCGUCGCCUAAUCGCGGAGGGGGGGAUGACGGCGGUGGUCCAGAGGGAGCAGAGCACCACCAUGGCCUCCAUGGGCGGCUUCGGGAACAACAUCAUCGUCAGCCACCGGAUCCACCGCGGCUCCCAGACCGGAGCCUCCAGACCCCCCCCCUCCUCCUCAGGGUCCCUGCUCCUCACCCAGCCCCCGGCCCACAUCUACCCCCCCCCUCCGGCCCCCGGCCCCUCUGAACAGCUGGGCCCCCUGUGGGGUCCGCGGCCCCCCCGCCUGGACGUGGACGAUGUGUUUGAGGGGGGGCGAACGGACGAUGACUCGCUGCCGGGCCCCUCCUCCUCCUCCCUGCUCCUGUCUUCCCCCUCCUCCUCCUCCUCCUCCUCUCACAGCCCCCUUCCUGGGAGUGGCGGGGGAGGGGGGGGCCCCAACAGUUACCACGGCGACCCGUACAGCAGGUAGUCCUCCUAUUGGCCGAGAGGAGCGGAGCAUCGGCGCUGCUCAAAGCCUUAUGAACCGGUGCUGCUGGGACUCUGCACGGGGAGAGAAGGGGCACAAGGACCCAGACCUGCCCCCCCCCCUCUGCUGCCUCC